GUACAAAUGAAUGUAUGGCUCUGAUGAUGCCUUUCUUGCUGUUUUUGAGAGUAAAACCUUUCUGUUUAACUACAGUAAGCUGCAAUAGAGAUCCUAUCGUAUAGGUCUUAUAUGGUCGUUUGUUUCUCCAGGUAUCUCCAGGUUCUUGUUUUUUCUGUUUGGUUUCCACUGCUUGCUUGCUUUUUUGUGUUUUAAAGUCUUUUUGCUAGCAGUUUCAACAUACUAGAAUCAAAUACACUUUCUCCUACUUGGUCCAAGGUUGUUUGCUAAUGCAAUAUAAUAUCAAAGACACAUCACCAGACACUGUUAAUACAGAUAUCAUCUUAUUCUGCUGUUCCCUUGUGGGACAUUUAUUAUUUAAAGCAAAUAAUUCCAUGAAAUUUCAGUUUUGCCUUGAAUCUCCCUUGAAUCUGUUGCUGAUGUAACCAUAUGAAAUGCACAGCAGUAUAGCUUGAGAAGCUACAGUAAAACUAUGCAUGAAAAUGGAACAAAUCCUACAAAAAAUGCAUGACUUUUCACACCUGGUGCAGCAUUCAUUAGCUGAAUAUUGAUAAUUCUGUUCUCAGUGAGCGCUGCUAAAUGCACAGUGCACAGUGACAUGAUGUGAAAUGACUAUCCUCUCCUUUUCAACAUUUUGUAAUUAGGAGCUUCUCUCCUAAGCUGUGAAUCGUCUGCAAAGUGGACACCCAGUUGGCACAGGUAAGGGGGUGUUACUAAGCAACCUGCAUCCUAUCAGUGACACAGGGAUAUCUUUGGAGAUGUUUAGCCCUACAAAGAACUGGUUCAGCCAGCCUAGGCCCCAUGACCUCUUGGUAAAACAACGGGCUCAUUCUUUGCUCCGCUGCUGACCUCAUUGUCUCUUUGUGAAACGAAAAUCCCGAGUUGCAUUCUGCUAAAUGGCUGAGCACCGGGCAGCAGGAGAGCACAGCGGCCUCGGCUUGGGAUGGAGCGGAUAGCCUCGACACCUCGCUACCUGGGAAAACAUGAGUGUCAGUGAAGGUGCUGUAGAUGUGAUGGAGAACCCUGCGGCAGUCAGGCACUCCCUCCAGGCCGAGAGGAUGAGCGUGGCUCGGGGGAAAGGAGGUCAGAACAGCCCCAGCUCCUGGUUCAGAGAGAUUGAGGCUCCUCAUCCAGUUUUUCAUUCAGCGUCCACAAAAGUGUCCACCCAACGAGUGAUACGAGUGUUGGCAGCUCUGUGUGCACUGGGGCUACUCGGAGGUGUAAUUGUUGGUGUAUGGUUUAUAGUCAAACUCCUUUUAAAGCCUACCUCAACUCAGAGUCCUACAGGGUUGGGUGAUACCAAAGAGACCUCCUUCUGCAACGUAUCAGAGGACACCUCUGUGACUGACCCCAGGAAAGUGUUUUACAGAAUCAGUGCAGAAAACUCUUUGCUAGAGAUUCAGCUGGAGAAGCUUCAGACCUGGCUGCCUGUGUGCUACGAGCGCUGGAACUCCUCACUGGGGACCCUGGUCUGUCGGCAGCUGGGCUAUCUGAGAUUAACGAAGCACAAAGGGGUCAAUCUGACUGACAUUGGGCCAAAUUACACCGAUGGAUUUGUUCAAAUUGCUUCAGGACCUCAAAGCAAUUUGGAAAGUUUAUGGCAGUUCAGGGGAAGCUGCAGCACAGGAAAAGUUAUAGCACUCAAAUGUUUUGAAUGUGGUACCAGGGCAAAGCUGCCCAGGAUAGUUGGUGGUGUAGAGGCCACACCUGGCAGGUGGCCCUGGCAAGUGAGCCUCUACUACAGCAACCGUCACACCUGUGGAGGCUCCAUCAUCACCAGUCAGUGGAUCGUUACAGCUGCUCACUGUGUGCACAACUACAGGUUACCUCAGGUUUCCAGCUGGGUGGUCUAUGCUGGGAUUGUUACAAGAAAUACAGCCAAACUGGCUCAGUAUACAGGAUAUGCUGUGGAGAAAAUCAUCUACAAUAAGAAUUAUAAUCAUAGAAGUCAUGAUAAUGAUAUUGCGCUGAUGAAGUUGAGAACACCGUUGAAUUUUUCAGACACUAUUAGGCCAGCAUGUCUACCACAGUACGACCAUGACCUUCCUGGAGGAACGCAGUGCUGGAUUUCAGGCUGGGGUUAUACACAACCUGACGAUGUUCACAUUCCUGACACAUUAAAAGAGGCUCCAGUGCCUUUAAUAAGCACAAAGAAAUGCAACAGCUCCUGCAUGUACAAUGGAGAGAUCACGUCACGUAUGCUCUGUGCAGGUUAUACAGAAGGCAAAGUGGAUGCCUGCCAGGGAGACAGUGGAGGCCCACUGGUUUGUCAGGAUGAUAACGUAUGGAGACUGGUUGGAGUGGUUAGCUGGGGAACAGGCUGUGCGGAGCCCAAUCACCCAGGAGUUUACACCAAAGUGGCUGAGUUUUUAGGCUGGAUUUAUGAGAUGAUAGAGAGCUACUGAAGGAUGGAGUGAAAUUGCAGUCCAACACCAUAACCUCCGGAAUUCCUCCUUUUGCUGGAUAUUACAGACACCCUCAAGCUUUAUUUUUUUAUUGUAAAAUAUACAGUUUGCUAUUCCAUUUAGAUGUUUGUAAUAAACUUUGUGUUGUGUACCUUAAAACCUGUUCAAUUGCUUUUCUUAUACAGUACAGGCC